GGACCGACAGUCACCAUGACGAGAAAGCUUGCUUGGUGUCUCGUUCGAUCGGAUACGCUUGAAGCAGCACGCCGGGUUUCUGCCUGUCGGGACGGCUUGGCGAUAUCGCCGGGAGCCGCUGGGCGGCGGCGGCGGGCGCGGAGCGGCGCGGGGCGCUCGGGCGGCGGCCGUGACUAUAUCAUGGCUACAGGGCCAACAGAGGUCACACAGUCACCUGAAAUAGGAGACACAGUUGAAGAGUGCACAGGAAAGAAAAAAUCCAAAUUUCAGACUUUCAAGAACUUCUUUGCCAAGAAGAAAAGGAAAGAGCCUCCACCUCCCAGGGGGGAGAGUAAUUUAAAACCUAGCCAGUCCAGCAGCGAUGUCAGCAUCUCUGUGCUCGACACUACUGCACUUCAUUCACUGAAGGAGGCUGGGCCCAAAGGAAGCAUGGGAAACAAAGCCUUGUCCCAUGACAGCGUCUUCAUUUUUGAGUCUGCACCAGAAAGUGUGGCAGGUGACAUGUUAUCUCAGGAAAACACACCUGGAAGAGUGAAAACUUUGCAGCUUCAGUUGCAGCAGAACAUCAGACUUGGAUCACCUCCUCUUGUUAUAACUGGAAAGAAACUGGAAGAUGCAGGUGCUGUUUCUGAAGAUGAUGGUUUACCUAGAAGCCCUCCUGAAAUUUCAACCCUUCAUGACGUUCUGACAGAUUCACCAAGCAAGUCUUCCAACUCUGUUCAGCGUCAUAGCUCUUUGAGUUUAGGCGGGACAGACAGUGAAGAUGAACAGAUACCUUCAGGAACUUCCACCAGGCCCAUCAGUCCUUCAUCCUCUGCCACUCUGGGGACCCCCAGCUCACGAGGUAACAGCUUCCUUCCUGUUGACUUCACCAUCCCGGCCAGUCCCCUUGGCUGCCUGGACACCUCAGCAGCCAGGCACAGGAUUGCCAUAAACCCCCGGAAACAAAAAGGCUUUACCAACAAGAAUCAGCAAGCCCUCCAUGUGGAGCAGCUAGAAAUUGAAGCAUGUCUUCCUGGAACUCCAGAAAAGAAGGGAAAUUCAACAGAAUUACUUGAGAGUGACCAGCGUAAAAGUGAUUGGGAAGGAUUAUCAGCCCAGGUAGGACAUUGUGCAAAGGGAGCCGGUUCUAAUGAGACACAAGGUGUAAAAAGUCCCACUGAUGCUGCCCGUGACUCUUGUGAUUCCACAGUUUUGCCAGAAGACUCUUGUGCAAGCAUCAAAGACCAGGAAAAGGAGGAUCCACUGUUUAUUGGCAAAGUAGAAGCCUGCUUGGGUACUGUUGAGAAUCAUUCUAACCAAGCUGUCUCAGAUACUGCAUCAAACACUUCACAGGUUGCGGCAGCCGAUUCACACUCUUCUUCUGACGUCAAGACAGUGGCUGUUUUGAAGCCUGAAAACAGUUCAGGAAGAAAUGACAAAGAAACUUGUGAAAUAAUGGAAUUUCAGCCAUCCAAAGGCAAUGCGGAAAAAAAAAUAGACACUGCUGCAUCUAUUUCAGAAGCAGGUUGCAUGCUACCUCCCAGCAAACUGGAAGUAUGUUUUAAAGCAGAAACUAUUUCUGUUUCAAAGGGUAACCAAGGCAGUCAACAGGCCAACCCGUCAUACAUUUCUGAAAAACUUUCCAUCGGAUGUCUUGCCUCUUCAAGUUUGGCUGGCUUAAAGAGUAAUACCUCUUCUGAUGAUGACAGUAAGGAGUACCACGUAAGCAGUACAGCUUCUCACAGAAAAACAGCGGAAGACAGUCGAUCUUCAGAUGAAAAUGUAAAAAGUCCACUGAAGACUGCUUCUGCUAAACCAGUCAGAUUUACGAUUGCACCAGCAUGGCAAAGAUCUCUUUCAGGAGGUUCAAAUUCAAAGGAAGAUUCCUAUACCAGAAGUUCCCCAACGUCCCCUGUAAGACCAGAGUUGUUUGAAGGAGUGACAAAAGAACACACACGUUUUGAUGCAGUCAUCCAGGAAUCAGCAAAAAACAACUCAGAUAGAUUUGAUCGAGAUUAUAAGGACAGUGAUUUGCAUUUGAAUUCUUCUAUGGAGCAGGCUGACCAUGAAGCACAAAAUGUUGAAAACCCGUUUGGGGUCAGACUAAGGAGAACAUCUUCUUUACUAAAAUACCAGAAUGAAAGUCAUGCUGAGUAUCCAAAGCUGAUCCCCUCAGCUGUUCCCACUGCUGCUUCUGCUUCAGUUAAGGAGGAUCAGAAAUCAGUGGGCACCAGGAAGCCACCUCCAGGCCUUCCUGUCAGCACAAAAUCAUUUGUUAAAAAAACAGAUCUCCUAGAUGACAAAAGUCCUCCCAAGACAAGAUCAGAAGAAGUGGCAAAGAAGCAAAAUGUUCAUAAACUUUCAGAAAAAGUCUCCUCUCCACAGUUGGAAACUGCUUCCUCUGAACCAGCUUGGGUCUCCAUGGCAAAACUGAAACAAAAGGGUUUCCAGGAUCACCCUCUUGCCAAAGAACAUAAAGCUGAAGACAAAGCUUUGACCAAAGCGGAUCAAGAGGAGCAAGGGAUCUGUGCCAGUGAGAACAUACUGAAGAAGAAUAUGCUGUCCAGCUUGAGCUCUCAGGACAAGAAAACGCAAAUGAAGACCAGUGUGUCUGCUGCAACAGGUAAAGUUGGACCUAUUACUCAGGAAGCAUCUGUGAUUCCUGCUGUUGAAAAGGAAACAAGACACUCCUCUAACCUGCCAAUGACACCGUGCAGCCCUGCUGAACCACCGUGGCUAUCCCUGGCCAAGAAAAAAGCCAAAGCAUGGAGUGAAAUGCCCCAGAUUGUACAAUAGCAAAUGACAUGAGCAUCCUUCUUUGUAUUGCCAAUAGCUGCAUUAACUCAAUUUAAUCACUUCUUUACUGUCACCUUUUUUUGAGAAAUAAGAGCCUUAAAACUUUUGAUCAGAUUGUUGUAUGUAAAUACGCAAUGAAGAAAUGCCAUCGCAGGCUUAAUUUGAAGUAUUAGGAAGCUGAGCAUUUCCUACUACCAAAUACUAGGAAAACUUGAUCAAUUUUUUAAAUCCUUACACAUUUGACAGUGAUGUUCUAAGAAGACAUGCUUCAGGUUUUUGAAACAUUUCCCUUGCAAAAUGUGUUUUUAAAGUUUCCGCAGACUACAGUAUUUUGUGCAAUGUGGCUUUGGCCAAGAAAUUAGUGUAUGCUAUAAAAUAGAUACAAUGCUGGGCACUGACACAUCAUGACUCAUGGGCAUUGAUGUCAUCACACUUCUUCCUCUAAUGCUCUGGGAUAGGCAGUCUGACUUUGCUGCUGAUUGUUAAUGGAUCUAUUUUGUGAUAGCUAUAGGAUCUAAACAGCAUUGCGAGUUGGAGUAAUUCUAGAUUUUGGAUGGUUUGAAGUCACAACGCUGUGGGUCUUGUGCUUUGCUCGUUGAUGCCUGCUGGAAUGGCGCAGAGCCACACACCUUCUGUUCUCUCCCAUGCCCUAGAAAACCACCACACUCUAGCAUAUACUCUGCUUUUGGUUACACCUUUGGAAAUCUUGUGAUAAUUUGGGCAUUCUACCAAAAAAGAAAAGUCCUUUAAUUAUGUCAAAUAGUGAUUUAUUUUUUGUGAGAUUCCUCAACCAAUUGUCUCUCUUAAAGAGUGUGUUGGGGAUGACAACUAUUUGCUACCUGGAAGGUGGCAUCUUGUUUUCAAUAAAUAAUGCUCUACUAUUCAUGUUCAUGUGUAUGUGUAUUUAGUCAGGUCUAUUUAAUAUUAGUGAUAAAAGGGGCAUCUCAGAUGUUUCCUCAUUGCCUCAUCAGUCUUUAACCAGUAACUCAACAUCAGUCUGAAAAUGUGCAGCUGGGAAAGGAUUAUUCUCUCAGGGCCUGGCCUUGCAGUCACUUAAAUUGACAGAAGUUUUGCUAUUCACUUUGAAGAAAGCAGGCAUUUGAAAAAGCAGCUUUGUAAAAUGAUGCUUGUGGCUUAAGUGGCAGUGGCACUUACCAGUCCUUUUCACUCCUUGCAGCAUCGCGCAUUUCUGUAGUUCUUGUUUACAGUCAGUGCAAAAUUUGAUGAUUGAGUUGGCUGAUGGACACAUUUUAGCUGAAAAGCUGGUAGGUAUUUUUAAGGAAAAUAUUAUCUACUGAUAGGAUUAACCAAAAAAUUUGGUUUCAGGUCAGCUCAAGCAAGACUUUAAUCUUCCAGUCUUGGCCCAAAUUUAAUAUGUAAUUUGAAAACAGUAUUAAUUGGGAGCUAGACUGUGAUUUUAUUUUUUUUAUAUAGGUGAAAACUUACCUAAGUAGGCUCACUGAAACUAUAAAUACUGGGUUUUUUGUACUAACACCAGAAGAGUAAGAGUUUCAUGUUGGCUUGGUAAUCCACGCCUAUUUUACUACUUGUUUUUCUCUAUUUUAGGAAGCAUAUCUUCUCUUACAAAGAACUGAAGCAUUUGUAUUUCUCUGAAACUUUUAAGUGUAAUGUAAAUGAACAUACUCAGCUUUGAUUCCUGAAGUUUUGUACAGCUGCCAUCCCGUUACAGGUUUACUGACCCUGUGUAAAAUACCUGCAUUUCUAUAUUCAGCAAACUCUCUUCUCUUUUUAUCAGUGACGAUUGUGAUCCUUCACCCAAAGUACUGCAAAUGAUGCUAUAAUCUUUCUUUCCAUGUGUUUGCUUUUGAUCUUAAUAUUGUUUCUGUCUUUUGUGUUCUGUAUGUAUAUAUGUUUUUGUAAUCCUUGUCUUGAAGGAACCCCUUUUGUAUUCCAUUCCCGUAUUUGGUUUAUGAUUAAAUGCUGUUGCCAGUGGUGAUGAUGAUAUAAAUCCUGGGAAAAGAA